CAGGGAAAAAAGUUAGUUUUUUUGCCAUGUUAGGGAAAUCAUAAAGAUGAAAGGAUGGUUCGGCUGUAUAUAAAUGGAAAGGUAUGACCGGUUUGUUAUUCACCCUGCAAGUCAUAAACUGUCAACAGAUCAUGGCUGUCACAAAAGCAUUCUUCCUAUUGGGCUUGGUAACGAUAGUCAAUGGACAUGGUCGGCUGAUAGAUCCGCCAUCCAGGUCAUCUGCAUUUAGAUUUGGCUUCAAUACACCACCUAAUUUUCUUCUGGACAAGCAACUAAAUUGCGGAGGAGUCUGGAAUCAGUGGCAGGUAAAUCAUGGUCGUUGUGGUGUAUGCGGUGACCCGUACCAGGGUCCACGUAAAAACGAAGCAGGUGGGGUAUACGCUACAGGAACAAUUGUUCAUACAUAUAAAGAGGGUACGCAGAUAAAUGUUGUAAUUGUUAAUUCAAAUAUAAUAUUCAACUUAUUUCAUUCUGCUGAGUUCCUAGUAAAAGCGUAUUAUCUUACAGACAUAACUGCCCCUCAUGGCGGAUGGUCCGAGUUUAGAAUUUGUCCUAACAACAACAUUCAUAAAGCUGUCACACAAGAGUGUUUUGAUCGAUAUCUACUGGCGACACCUAGCGGAGAAACCAGAUAUAUUCAUCAACGUGAAGCAGCUAAUAUUACAAUCCCUCUCGUGCUUCCAAAAGGUCUAACUUGCUCGCAAUGUGUUCUACAAUGGAAAUGGAAUACUGCCCAUGAUUAUAACUGUGACACAGUUACCAAAGAAUGUUGCAAAGGUUGUGGACCACAGGAGCAAUUCUACGGCUGCGCAGAUGUCGCAAUAAUAAAGACAUCAAGCGGUGAAACUUCGUCAACAACGAAAACGACAAAUCUUCCUAAUGAACCUGUCGGUUUCAUUCCUAUUGGAAACAAUUUCCCUUAAGCCGUCAGCAAGCGAUUUCUAUUUCUUGUUCUAUGGAAUUGAACGUGUUGUUUUGAGGGGAAAAGUUUGAAAACAGUUCAAAUCAGUCACUGAUUUUGCAUGUUUGCUUGGGAUUUGACGGAAGAGACAUGGCAUCUGAAAUGAUGGACAUUUAGAUCGUUAUAGUGAGGCAAAGUUAUGUUUACAUAGGAAAUGUGCACAUGAAUGUAAUUGGUCAACAACGUAAUAGAGUUUUGGAAGGGACAUUUCAUUGUACAGUUUUAUUUCCAUGUAUUAUUUGACAACUUGUAUUGUAAAUAAACCUUUGCUCUUUGUUUCUACAUGUACAUUUGUAUUUCUUUCAACAUUUUGUCUAAUGUUAGCUUUUUUAUAACAUGCGAAAAAUGUAAUAUAUUUACAAUAAAAGCUUUUUUCUA